AUGGAUAACUCUCCUCUCUGGAUGGUCAACACCACCCCAUGGAGCUCCCCCUUACCCACAAAUACCACUACACCCUGGCUGGGUCGGGAUGAGGAGCUGGCCAAAGUGGAGAUUGCCGUGCUUGCUACCAUCCUGGUGCUGGCCACUGGGGGCAAUUCAGUGGUGCUCCUGGCCCUGGGCUGGCCAGGCCGCAAGCGUUCCCGGAUGCACCUAUUUGUGAUGCACUUAGCCGUGACUGAUCUGGGUGUGGCACUCUUCCAAGUGUUGCCCCAACUGCUGUGGGACAUCACCUACCGUUUCCAAGGGUCUGACCUCCUCUGCCGGGUGGUCAAGUACCUACAGGCCCUGAGCAUGUUUGCCUCCACCUACAUGCUGCUGGUCAUGACCUUGGACAGAUACCUAGCUGUCUGCCACCCACUUCGGACCCUCCACCAGCCCAGCAAAUCUGCCUACCCUCUCAUUAUUGCCACCUGGCUACUUGCCGCUGGCCUCAGCCUCCCCCAGGUUUUCAUCUUCUCACUAAGAGAGGUGAGCCAAGGUACUGGGGUGCUAGACUGCUGGGCUGAUUUCCACUUCUCCUGGGGACUUCAGGCCUAUAUCACAUGGACCACGCUAGCCAUCUUUGUCCUUCCUGUGGUUGUACUCAUAGCCUGUUACAGCCUCAUCUGCUAUGAGAUCUGCAAAAACCUGAAGGGCAAGAUUCAAGCUUGGGGACUGGGAGGAAGAAGCCGAGGGGCCGUACAGGGAGGGGGUACUUCAUUCCAGGCUCUAACCGGGGCCAACCGGGGCUUGCCAUCUCGAGUCAGCAGCAUCAGCACCAUCUCUCGAGCAAAGAUCCGAACUGUGAAGAUGACCUUUGUCAUUGUGUUGGCUUACAUUGCCUGCUGGGCGCCUUUCUUCAGUGUCCAGAUGUGGUCAGUGUGGGAUGAGAAUGCUCCUGAUGAAGACUCCACCAAUGUGGCUUUCACCAUCACCAUGCUGCUGGGCAACCUCAGCAGCUGCUGCAACCCCUGGAUCUACAUGUGUUUUAGCAGCUACCUGCUGCCAGCCCCAAUGCGUGACCUCUCCUGCUGCGGGCGGUCCCGGAAGAGCCUGAAGAGACAGCUCUCCAACGGCAGCCUCUCCAGCCGUCGGACCACCCUCCUCACCCGGGUCAGCCACCCUCCCCACCUCAGCCUCAGUGGGAGCCCCCGGCCAGAGGAAAACCUGAAGGAUUCCUUUGCACCCAACGAGGAUGCCAUCACUGAGACCAGAGCCCUCUAG